AUGCAACUCUUCACGACUCUUGUGGCAAUACUUGCCCUCGCCACUCCCAUCUUCGCCUCUAAUAGAUGCAACCGCUACGUCACGACGGCCACUUCUGAUGGCACGCUCUGCUCAAAAGAAAGCCCUGGCAAUGAAUGCAAGAAUCUAUGCAGCACCUUCUUGGAACGCAUUAAGUCAAUAAGCAGCAACUACGGCGGACCCGCACCUGGAGAUCCAUUGGGUUCCUCAUUUAUCACACUCGACAAUGCCUCCAGCGCUUGCUCUGGAGACUCAGGAUUGAAUCCAGCCUCCACUUCAUGCACAUGCAAUGUGAGGAUGUGGAGGGGAAGGACCUACCUAUUUCCAGUGCCGCCAGGGUCUGGAUCAAUAAGCUGGGAUAUUCCCGGGUUGGAAUGGGACCAAACCUUCAGGCUGAUGGAUGGGAAGAAAGUCCGUUGUGGCAGCUGA